AUGUCGAAACGCGACGUCGUCCUCACUAAUGUCACCGUUGUCCAGCUGCUGAGGCAGCCAUGCCCAGCAGGCUGUCCUUGCCCCCCACCCCCACCCGUAAUCAGACCACCACCACCUCCACCUCCACCUCCGCCCAAAAUUGAGGAUCCGCCACCCCCGCCACCACCACCUCCACCACCGCCCAAAGUUGAGGACCCGCCUCCUCCAGUCAAGGUAGAAGAGGUGCCUCCUCCGCCUCCUCCGCCUCCUCCGCCUCCUCCGCCACCCAAGAAGCCCGCUAAGGAGCUGACAGUGGGCAUCAAUGGAUUUGGACGCAUUGGCCGCCUGGUGAUGAGAGUCUGCAUGGAGAAAGGCAUUAAGGUGGUGGCAGUGAACGACCCUUUCAUUGACCCAGAGUACAUGGCGUACAUGUUCAAAUAUGACUCCACACACGGUAGAUAUAAAGGAAGCGUGGAACACAAGAACGGGCAACUGGUUGUGGACAACCUUGGCAUCAACGUGUACCAGUGCAAAGAUCCCAAAGACAUCCCCUGGAGGUCUGUGGGGAGUCCCUAUGUGGUGGAGUCUACUGGUGUGUACCUGUCCCUGGACGCAGCCUCGGCACAUAUCUCAGCUGGUGCCCAGCGUGUGGUGGUCACUGCGCCCUCCCCCGACGCGCCCAUGCUGGUCAUGGGUGUCAACGAGAAAGAAUACAACCCUGACACUAUGAACAUCGUCAGCAACGCGUCCUGUACCACCAACUGUCUGGCUCCCCUUGCCAAGGUCAUUCACGAACGCUUUGGGAUCGUGGAAGGGCUGAUGACCACAGUCCAUUCCUACACGGCCACUCAGAAGACGGUAGACGGGCCAUCGAAGAAGGACUGGCGAGGUGGACGGGGUGCUCACCAGAACAUCAUCCCAUCCUCCACUGGGGCCGCCAAAGCUGUAGGCAAAGUCAUCCCAGAGCUCAAGGGGAAGUUAACAGGAAUGGCAUUCCGGGUGCCAACACCGAAUGUAUCCGUUGUGGACCUCACCUGCCGCCUGGCCCGGCCUGCCUCCUAUGAAGCUAUCAAAGAUGCCAUGAAAGAGGCAGCCAAGGGGCCUUUGGCUGGCAUCCUUGCUUAUACAGAGGACCAGGUGGUCUCCACGGACUUCACCGGCGACUCCCACUCGUCCAUCUUCGAUGCUAUGGCUGGAAUUGCCCUCAACGACAACUUUGUCAAGCUCGUUUCCUGGUACGACAACGAAUAUGGCUACAGUAACCGCGUGGUCGAUCUACUCCGCUACAUGUUCAGCAGAGAGAAGUAA